UUCUUUCACAUCCGCAUAGAAAAAGGAACCAAAUCCCAAGCUUACCUUGCCAGAAUUCUCAGAGCCUUCGGACUCAGCAUAUUUUUCUCAUUCCUCCUCCUCCUUCUGCAAAUACAAAUUUAAACACAUUCGUCUCUUUUAAAACGAGAGGCACCAUAUGUCGAUGAAGUUAGAGCCGUUGGAUUUAGGAGUUCAGAUUCCAUACCACUUCAGAUGCCCCAUCUCCCUCGAGCUGAUGCUUGAACCCGUUACUAUAUCCACGGGUCAGACCUACGACCGAACCAGCAUCCAGUCGUGGUUUGCCGCCGGUAACACCACCUGUCCCGUCACCAGAGCGACUAUUUCUGAUUUUACCCUCAUCCCUAACCACACUCUUCGCCGCCUUAUCCAAGACUGGUGCGUUUCCAAUCGCGAUUUAGGAGUCCAACGGAUCCCGAGUCCGACCCAAGCCGCCCGCCCGGCUGUGGUUCGGACGUUGUUGAAUCAAGCAUCGUCGGGGACGAGUACUUCUCAGUCGCGUAUCUCUGCGCUGCGACGGCUUAGAGGAUUCGCUAGUGGCUCCGAGGACAAUCGAUCUCUAAUUGGAUCUCACAACGCCCGCCGGAUUCUGCUAAAUAUCCUUUUUGAUGCAAAUUCGGAUUGUUUGGAGUUGAAGCACGAGUCUCUCGCGCUUCUGGUUUAUUUUUCACUCGCUGAAUCUGAAUGGGUCUUCAUCGCAUCGGAACCAGAGAGAAUCAAGUAUUUGUCCCGCUUGCUGUUUCAUUCCUCCAUCGAAGUUCGAGUUAACUCAGCCACACUGAUCGAGACCGUCGUGAGCGGGACCCGUUCGCCGGAGCUGCGUGCUCAAAUCAGCAAUGUCGAUGAAAUCUACGAAGGUGUUGUUGACAUGUUGAAGAGUCCGGUUUCGCACCCUCGCGCUCUCAAGAUUGGGAUCAAGGCCUUGUUCGCUUUGUGCCUGCUGAAACAAGCACGACAUAAAGCAGUGGCCGCCGGAGCGCCGGAGAUCCUCGUCGAACGGCUUGGUGAUUUCGAGAAAUGCGAGGCCGAGAGAGCUGUGGUGACGAUUGAGUUGCUUUGUCGAAUUCCGGAGGGGUUGGCUGCAUUUGCAGGUCAUGCUCUGACGGUGCCGCAGCUGGUGAAAACGAUACUGAAGAUAUCAGACCGGGCGACAGAGCACGCAGCCGGAGCGCUACUGUCUCUGUGCUCGAAGUCGGAGGAGUGCCGGAGGAAGGCGGUGGCAGCGCGUGUGCUGACGCCGCUGCUAUUGCUGGUGCAGAGUGAUUGCACGGAGAGGGCAAAGAGGAAGGCGCAGAUGUUGCUGAAGCUGCUUCGGGAUUCGUGGCCAAGAGAUUGUGUCGGAAACUCUGACGAUUUUGCAUGCAGCGAACUUGUAGUUCCCUUUUGACGAUGCUGCUUGCUUCGUUUGGCGCAUCCUCUCGAAAACUUCCUCCAAAAUUUCCAGUUUCAGGGAAAAGCAGAUCAGAUCAGUCAUGAAUAUGAUUGAGUUUUAGGUUCAUCAGUACAUAAUACUGCAAGAAAUUUUUUUCUUUUAUGGGUUCAUUCAUUCAUUUUAUGUAAGAAUUUGCUGGGAGUAUAGAAAAUCAUCCCAAGAGGUUUUAAUUUUGUAGAGACUAACUAAUUUGAAGUGUUAAAUUCUUUAUUUCUAUAUGUUCAUCGUGAUUA